AUGGCAGAUGAAGAUGAUUAUGAUGAGGUUGUGGAGUACUACAUAGAAGAAGAGGUCGAUGACGAUGAACCAGGAGAGACGAUUACUGAGAUCACUGAGACAACAUACAAAACUGGAACGCAUACUUUUGAAACAACAACGCGUACUUUGGAAAGUACAGCACAGCCUCCGGAAGCCAAAGACAUCCCUCACAAGGCCUCCCAUCCUGUCAGAAAAAAAGUUGUACGGAAAAAAGUGGACACAUCUAAAUUUCGGACACCUUACUUGGAUCACAGUUCAAAAAUGCAAAAGCUCUUCAGUGAUAAAAAGUACAAGGAAAAGUUUGAGAAAGAAAAAGGAAAACCAUGUGCAAUAACAACAGAUACUCCUGAACUUCGAAGAAUCAAGAAAGUUCAGGACCAGCUCAGUGAGGUUAAAUAUCGCAUGGCUGGUGAAUCAGCUAGAACUGAUUGCCACCUUGAUGAAAAAGCAAGAGACAUUGAACAUGCAAAGAAAGUUUCUCAGCAAGUCAGCAAGGUUUUAUACAAACAGAACUGGGAAGAAAAUAAGGAAAAGUACCUGCUACCUCCUGAUGCCCCUGAGCUUGUUCACGCCAUAAAAAACACAGCCUUAUACAGCAGGAAACCUUAUGUUGAAGAAUGGGAAGCAGACAAGGCCCUCUUCUAUCCCUAUGAUGACAGUCCUGAACUUAGGAGAGUUGCAAAGGCACAAAAGGCCCUUAGUGAUAUUGUCUACAAAAAAGGACACGAUGAACAGAAAUCUAAAUACACCGUUCUGCCUGACCCACCUGAUGUGGAGCUUGCGAAGAAAGUCACCCGACAGCUCAGUGAUCAUAAUUAUCAUGAAGACUAUCAAAAGAAGAAGGGAAAAUGGAGCCAAACUCCAGGCUAUGAUGUUGCAAUUGCCAGAAUGAAUGCUGACAACUUAAGCGCAAGAAAAUACCAGGAAGACUGGGAAGCUAAGAAAGACCAAAUCCACUUCAUGCAGACAGAAACGCCAGAGUAUGAGGUUAAUAAGCGUGCUGGAAUUGCUGCCAGUAAGGUAAAAUACAAGGAAGAUUAUGAAAAAUCCAAAGGUUCAGCAGAUUAUAAUGUACUUCCAGCAACUGAGAAUCCUUUGCUCAGGCAUCUAAAAGCUGCUGGAAAUCUUGUAAAUGAUAAAUUAUAUAAGGAAGCAUACGAGAAAGCAAAAGCAAAAAGUAUUAACUACUGUGAGACCCCAAAGUACCAAGUCGACAAUGUUCUGAAAAACUUUAGUGAUGUGAAAUACAAAGAGCCUUACAUAACCAAUGUUUUGGGCCGGUACAUAGGCAGCAGUGAGGACCCCUAUCAAGCUCAUUGCAUGAAAGUUGAAGCUAUGAAGAGUGAUAAAAACUAUAAAGCGGACUAUGAAGAUGAAAAGGCUAGCUGCUACUUCCCCCAGACCAUAACUCAAGAAUACGAAGUCCUGAAGAAGCUAGACAAGUGCAAAGAUUUUGCCUACAAAAAGCAUCCUGACCAGAUCAAGUUUACUUCAGUGCUGGACUCCCCAGUUUUGCUACAAGCGCAGAUUAAUACCAAGCAGCUGAGUGACAUGAACUACAAAGCCAAACAUGAGGCUGAAAAAUCCAGAUGUUCCAUUCCUCCUGAUGCUCCUUUGUUUCUCCAGUCCAGAGUCAAUGCUUAUAAUAUCAGUGAUAAUUGGUAUAAAUAUGACUGGGAUCAAUCCAAAGCAAAGAAGUUUGAUAUCAAGAUGGAUGCCAUUCCGAUUCUGGCUGCUAAAGCAAAACAAAAAAUUGCGAGUGAUGUUGAGUACAAGAAGGGUUACGAAAAGGGCAAAGGGAAGCUUAUCGGAGCCUUGUGCGUUGAAGAUGAUCCCAAGAUCUUACAUUCUCUGAAAGUAGGCAAACUGCAAAAUGAUAGAUUAUAUAAGGAAGGCUUUGAAAAAGCAAAAGGAGUAAGCAUUAACUAUUGUGAGACUCCACAGUAUCAGGUCGACAGCACUCUUAAGAACUUCAGUGGAGUGAAAUAUAAAGAGCCUUAUGUAGCCAAUGUCUUGGGCCGGUACAUAGGCAGCAUUGAGGACCCCUAUCAAGUGCACUGCAUGAAGGUUGAAGCUCUGAAGAGCGACAAAAACUAUAAAGCAGACUAUGAAGAUGAAAAGGCUAAAUGCUAUUUUCCUCAAACCAUAACUCAAGAAUAUGAAGCCAUCAAGAAGCUGGACACAUGCAAAGAUCAUGCCUACAAGAAGCAUCCUGAUCAGAUCAAGUUUACCCCUGUGACAGACUCGAUGGUUAUGGUACGAGCACAAAUGAAUUCCAAGCAGCUGAGUGAUUUGAACUACAAAGCCAAACAUGAAGCUGAGAAAGGCAGAUGUUCUGUCCCUCCAGAUGCUCCUUUAUUCCUCCAAUCCAGAGUCAAUGCCUAUAACGUCAGCGAUGUUUGGUAUAAGUAUGACUGGGAUCAAUCCAAAGCAAAGAAAUUUGACAUCAAGGUGGAUGCCAUUCCAAUUCUGGCUGCUAAAGCCAAGCAAAAAAUUGCAAGUGAUGUUGAAUACAAAAAGGGUUAUGAACAGAGCAAAGGCAAGUUAAUUGGAGCUCUGAGUAUUGAAGAUGAUCCCAAAAUGAUACAUUGCCAGAAAGUGGCCAAGCAACAGAGUGAUCUGGAAUAUAAAAAAGGUUAUGAAGUAGCAAAGACCAGAUACACAGCACCGCUGGAUAUGAUUCCUGUUGUACAAGCAAAGAAAGCCCAGGCGAUCAUCAGUGAUACAGACUACAGGCAUCGCAUCCAUAAUUACUCCUAUCCUCCUGACAGUAUUAAUGUGGAGCUUGCCAGGAAGGCUAAUGCUUUACUAAGUGAUACUGAAUAUAAAGCUGAUUACAACAGCUAUAUGAAAGGAUGUGGUUGGGUGCCAUAUGGAUCCCUGGAUGCAGAAACAGCGAAAAAAGCUUCGGAAUACAUAAGUGAGAAAAAAUACCGUCAGCAUCCAGACACUCUUAAAUUUACACAAAUUGAGGAUCAUCCUACUGUAGUUCAGGCUAAAAUCAAUCAAGCCCAGAGGAGCGAUGUACUUUAUAAAGCCAAAAAUGAAGAAACAGUUCACAGUUAUAACCUCCCAGCAGAUGCGCCUCAAUUUAUCCAGGCAAAGGUUAAUUCCUACAACGUUAGUGAUGUUUAUUACAAACUGGGGUUGGAAGACCUGAAAUUGAGGGGCUAUGACCUGAGAAGCGAUGCCAUUCCCAUUAGAGCUGCUAAAACUGCCAGACAGGCUGCCAGUGAUUUUGAAUACAAGAAAGACUAUGAACAAGCCAAAGGCAAACUGAUUGGCUUCCAGAGUGUUCAAGAUGAUCCCAAAUUGGUCCAUUAUAUGAAUGUGGCCAAGAUGCAGUCAGAGCGGGACUACAAGAAAGCUUAUGAGCAAAGCAAGACUAGGUACAACACUCCACUUGAUAUGGUUAAUGUUGUAGCUGCGAAGAAAGCCCAGGAAAUUGCCAGCAAUACCAAUUACAGGAAUCUCCUGCACCAUUACACAUUAUUGCCAGAUGACAUGAAUGUGGAGCGAUCCAAAAACAUGAUGCAGAUUCAGAGUGAUAAUCUUUACAAGGCUGAUUUUAACAGCUGGAUGAAAGGUAUUGGGUGGAUCCCAAUUGGCUCCCUCGAUGCGGAGAAAGUUAGAAAAGCAGGAGAGGCUCUGAAUGAGAAGAAGUACCGCCAGCACCCGGACACUAUUAAAUUUACAAGCAUUGUGGAUUCCCCUGUCAUGGUCCAGGCUAAGCAGAAUGCCCUUCAGCUCAGUGAUAGACUGUACAAAUCCUCCGGGGAAGAAAUGAAGCAUACAUAUAAUUUGCCUGCAGAUGCCCCUCAGUUUAUCCAGGCCAAAUACAAUGCAGCGAAUCUCAGUGAUAUUUAUUAUAAAUAUGGCUAUCAUGACCUCAUAGCCAAAGGACACAGUGUACUGGCUGAUGCCAUUCCAAUUACUCUAGCCAAGGCCUCAAGAAACAUUGCUAGUGAUUUCAAAUACAAAGAAGCUUACAGAAAGACAAAAGGAAAACAGGUUGGUUUCCGAAGCUUGCAAGAUGAUCCUAUGCUUGUCCAUUCUAUGAAUGUGGCAAAGAUGCAGUCUGAGCGUGAGUACAAGAAGGAUUAUGAGAAGAGCAAGACUUUCUAUCACACGCCAGUGGAGAUGGUCAGUAUCCAAGCUGCCAAGCAGGCUCAGGAUGUAGCCUCCAAUGUCAACUACAAACAUCUGCUUCAUCAUUACACCUACCUGCCAGAUGCCAUGAAUGUGGAGCUGGCCAAGAACAGGAUGCAAAUUCAGAGCGAUAUUGCUUACAAAGAUGACUACAACAACUGGUUCAGAGGAGUGGGAUGGAGUCCCCUGGGCUCAAUGGAUAUGGAAAAAGUUAGAAAAGCUGGAGAGGCGUUAAAUGAAUCUAAAUAUCGCCAGCACCCAGACACAUUCAAGUUUACAAGUUUGAUGGACUCUAUGCCAAUGGUUUUGGCUCAUCGGAAUACCAAACAGCUGAGUGAUUUAAACUAUAAGGUAGAAGGUGAGAAACUAAAACACACAUACCAUUUGGAUCCAGAUGUACCGGAAUUUCUUCAAGCAAAAGUCAAUGCCUACAAUAUAAGUGACAAUAUAUACAAAGCAGACUGGAAGAAACGGCUUGCCAAAGGCUAUGACCUGAGAGCAGACGCUAUUCCUAUAGUUGCUGCAAAAGCUACACGCAACAUUGCCAGUGAUUACAAGUACAAGGAAUCCUAUGAGAAAGACAAAGGAAAGCAAGUUGGCUUCCUUAGCCUGCAAGAUGAUCCUAAACUGGUCCAUUAUAUGAAUGUGGCAAAACUACAAUCAGAACGUGAAUACAAGAAAGGCUAUGAAAGCAGCAAGACUAAAUACAACUUGCCUCUAGACCUGUUCAGUGUAGUGGCUGCUAAGAAAGCCCAAGAAGUAGUUACUGACACAAACUACAGACAACCUCUGCAUAAUUACACCCUUCUUCCUGAUGCCAUGAGUAUGGAAUUGUCAAGAAACAGGAUGCAGAUUCAGAGUGAUAAUCUUUACAAAACUGACUUUAAUAGUUGGCUGAAGGGAUUAGGUUGGGUGCCAAUUCAGUCUCUGGAGGUAGAAAAUGCAAAGAAUGCUACUCACAUUCUCAGCGAAAAGAAGUAUCGUCAUCACCCAGACAGACUGAAGUAUACCAUUGACAUGGAUGCCAUGGAACAGGUGCUGGCUAAGCAAAAUGCCCAUCUCAUGAAUAAGAGGCUGUAUGUUGAAAAAUGGAACAAAGACAAGACUGACAUUCAUGUAAUGCCUGAUACACCAGAAAUACUCCUGUCCAAAGCCAACCAAAUCACCAUGAGUGAUAAAUUAUAUAGGUCUGGCUGGGAAGAAGAGAAGAAGAAAGGUUAUGAUCUAAGACCGGAUGCUCUCUCCAUAAGAGCAGCUAAAGCUUCCAGGGAUAUUGCCAGUGAUUACAAAUACAAAUUGGCCUUUGAGCAAUCAAAGGGAAAACAGAUCGGCUUCCUUAGCCUAGAAGAUGAUCCUAAACUUGUGCACUACAUGGAAGUUGCAAAGAUGCAGUCUGAGCGUGAAUACAAGAAGGACUAUGAGAAAUCAAAGACCCGGUUCCAGACCCCCGUGGACAUGCUCAGCGUCGUGGCAGCCAAGAAAGCGCAGGAGGUGGCAACGGAUACCAACUACCGGAAUAUUAUCCACACUUACAGCGCUUUGCCUGAUUCUAUGAACCUUGAACUGGCCAAAAAUAUGAUGCAGAUACAGAGUGAUAAUCAGUACAAAGCAGACUAUGCGGAAUUCAUGAAAGGGAUUGGAUGGGUACCACUAGGAUCUCUAGAAGCUGAAAAGAAUAAGAAAGCCAUGGAGAUUGUCAGUGAGAAGAAGUACAGACAACAUCCAGACAAACUGAAAUAUUCUAUUCUAAUGGAUUCUAUGCCAAUGGUCCUGGCGACAAAUAAUGCAAAAAUAAUGGACGAACACCUUUACAAAAAGGACUGGGAAGCGGAAAAGACGCAGAUUCAUAUCACACCAGAUAUGCCUGAGAUUCUUUUGGCAAAAGUCAAUGCGUAUAACAUCAGUGAUAAAAUAUACAAACAUUCUCUGGAAGAAGCUAAGAGGAGAGGAUGUGAUGUCCGAGCUGAUGCAAUCCCUAUUCAAGCCGCUAAAGCUUCUCGAGAGAUCGCCAGCGAUUACAAAUAUAAGUUAGGUUAUGAGCAGGACAAGGGUAAGCUUGUUGGCUUCCGCAGCCUCCAGGAUGAUCCCAAGCUGGUGCAUUACAUGCAAGUGGCUAAGAUGCAAUCAGCUCGCGAGUACAAGAAAGACUACGAGAGCAGCAAAACGCUCUACAACACGCCUGCCGAUACUGUCAGCAUUGUGGCUGCGAAAGAAGCACAAGCGAACAUUACCAAUACCAAUUAUAAAAGGCUCAUCCAUAAUUACAUCCUUCUGCCGGAUGCAAUGAAUGUGGAACUGGCCAGAAACAUGAAUCGGGUUCAAAGUGCUCUUGAAUACAAGCAAGAUUAUAAUGAAUGGUACAAAGGGCUCGGUUGGAGCCCUGCGGGUUCACUGGAUAUGGAGCAGUCCAAGAAAGCCACCGAGAUUGCUAGUGACACAAAGUAUCGCCAGCACCCGAGCUCUUUCCCGUUUACGAAGCUGAGUGAUUCAAUGGAUAUGGAACUUGCAAAGCACAACGCUGAUCUUAUGAAUAAGCGUGCAUACAUAGAUGCCUGGGAGAAGGAUAAGACAACGAUUCAUGUCAUGCCAGAUACGCCAGAUAUUAUGCUGGCUAAAGCAAACAAGUACAAUUACAGCCAGAAAGUGUACAAACUUGGAUGGGAAGAAAUGUUGAAGAAGGGUUAUGAUCUCACUAAUGAAGCCAUGUCAGUGAAAGCUGCUAAAGCAUCCAGAGACAUUGCUAGUGAUUACAAGUACAAAGAAGGUUAUCGCAAGCAACUUGGCCAUCAUAUUGGAGCUCGUAGUGUAGAAGACGAUCCCAAACUUGUGCAUUCUAUGAAUGUUGCCAAGAUGCAAAGUGAGAGAGAAUACAAGAAAGACUUUGAGAAAUGGAAGACCAAGUACAGCAGUCCUGUGGAUAUGUGGUCAAUCUUGGGGGCAAAGAAUUGCCAGAAAUUGGUCAGUGAUAUUGAUUACCGCAAUUACUUGCACCAGUGGACAUGUCUGCCAGAUCAGAAUGAUAUCAUCCAAGCUAAGAAGGUGUAUGAACUACAAAGUGAUAAUGCAUAUAAAUCCGACCUCGAAUGGCUGAAAGGCAUUGGAUGGAAUGCGUAUGGCUCUCUAGAGUCGGAAAAGAACAAGAAAGCUUCUGAGAUUCUGAGUGAAAGGAACUAUCGUCAACACCCAGACACGAUUAAAUUCACAAGCAUUCCUGAUUCAAUGGAAGUUGUUCUGGCAAAAGAAAAUUCAAAGCAUAGAAGUGAUAGACUUUAUCGAGAAGCUUGGGACAAAGAUAAGACUCAGAUUCAUAUCAUGCCUGACACUCCUGAAAUUGUUUUGUCCAGAAUCAACUUAAUUAACUUGAGUGAUAAACUCUACAAAUUAGGAUUGGAAGAAUUGAGAAAGCAAGGCUAUGAGCUUCCAGUUGAUGCCAUACCGAUCAAGGCAGCAAAAGCAUCUAGAGAAAUUGCCAGUGAAUACAAAUACAAAGAGGCAUACCGUAAGCAGCUGGGUCACCAUGUGGGAGCUCGCAGCAUAGAGGAUGACCCUAAACUUGUGCAUUGUAUGAAUGUUGCCAAGAUGCAAAGUGAGAGAGAAUACAAGAAAGUUUUUGAGAAAUUGAAGACCAAGUAUAGCAGUCCUGUGGAUAUGUGGUCGAUCUUGGGGGCGAAGAAUUGCCAGAAACUGGUCAGCGAUAUCGAUUACCGUAAUUACUUACAUGAAUGGACAUGUCUGCCGGAUCAAAAUGAUGUCAUCCAUGCCAAGAAAACAUAUGAUCUUCAAAGUGAUAAUAUCUAUAAAUCAGAUCUUGAAUGGCUCAGGGGUAUUGGCUGGUCUCCAGCUGGUUCCCUGGAAGCAGAGAAGAAUAGGAGAGCUGCCCAGAUUUUGAGUGACUAUCAAUAUAGGCAACACCCGGACACUCUCGCAUUUACCAGCCCUCUUGAUUCCAUGCCUAUGACUUUGGCAAAACAUAACUCAGAACUUAUGAAUCAGCGUAUGUAUGUUGAUGCUUGGAAUAAAGAUAAAACCAACAUCCAUAUUAUGCCUGACACUCCUGAAAUUCUACUAUCACAACAGAACAAAAUCAACUACAGUGAUAAACUAUACAAAAUGUCAUUGGAAGAGGCCAGGAAGAGGGGGUAUGAUCUUCGGGUAGAUGCAAUUCCUAUCAAGGCUGCUAAAGCAUCCAGAGAUAUUGCAAGUGAGUACAAGUACAAAGAAGGCUAUCGCAAGCAGCUGGGCCACCACGUGGGAGCUCGUUGUGUGGAAGACGAUCCCAAAAUUGUGCAUUCCAUGAAUGUCGCCAAGAUGCAGAGUGAGAGAGAAUACAAGAAAGUCUUUGAGCAAUUGAAGACCAAGUACAGCAGUCCUGUGGAUAUGCUGUCGAUCCUGGGGGCAAAGAAUUGCCAGAAACUGGUCACCGACAUUGAUUACCGUAAUUAUUUGCACCAGUGGACAUGCCUCCCAGACCAAAAUGAUGUUAUCCAUGCCAGGAAGGCCUAUGAACUACAGAGUGAUAAUUCCUACAAGUCUGACCUUCAAUGGUUGAGAGGCAUUGGGUGGGUCCCUAUUGGUUCCCUGGAGAAUGAAAAAGUCAAGAAGGCUGGAGAGAUCCUAAGUGAAAAGUUGUAUCGUCAGCCUCCAGACACAUUCAAGUUCACAAGUGUACCAGAUUCUCUAGAAAUAGUUUUGGCUAAGCAUAAUGCAGAAAAUAUGAACAAGCGUUUGUACACUGAAGCUUGGAAUAAUGACAAGACACAAGUUCACAUAAUGCCUGAUACCCCUGAAAUCACUUUAGCAAGACAGAACAAGUUCAACUACAGUGAGAAUUUAUAUAAACUUUCCUUGGAAGAGGCAAGGAAGAGAGGAUACGAUUUGCGAAUCGAUGCAAUUCCAAUUCAGUCUGCCAAGGCAUCCAGAAUUAUUGCCAGUGAUUACAAAUAUAAGGAAGGUUAUCGCAGGCAACUUGGCCAUCACAUUGGAGCUCGUUGUGUAGAAGAUGAUCCUAAAAUUGUACAUUGUAUGAAUGUUGCCAAGAUGCAAAGUGAGAGAGAAUACAAGAAAGUCUUUGAGAAAUUGAAGACCAAAUAUAGCAGUCCUGUGGAUAUGUGGUCCAUCUUGGGGGCGAAGAAUUGCCAGAAACUAGUCAGCGAUAUUGAUUAUCGCAAUUACUUACAUGAGUGGACAUGUCUGCCGGAUCAGAAUGAUGUCAUCCAUGCUAAGAAAGCUUAUGAUCUUCAGAGUGAUAAUUACUACAAAUCAGACCUUGAGUGGAUGAAAGGCAUUGGUUGGGUCCCGAUUGGUUCACUGAAUGUUGAGCAUGUUAAGAAAGCUGGAGAGAUCCUGAGUGAAAAGAUGUACCGCCAGCCUCCAGAGAGUUUAAGCUUCACCAGUGUGACAGAUUCUCUACCGAUGGAAUUGGCCAGGCAUAAUGCCGAAAUCAUGAACAAGAGGCUAUACACUGAAGCUUGGGAUAAAGAUAAAUGCACGAUCCAUGUCAUGCCUGAUACGCCAGAAAUCGUCCUAGCAAAGCUCAACAAAUUCAACUAUAGCCAGAAAUUGUACAGACUGGCCAUGGAGCAAGCAAAAAAGGAUGGCUAUGAUCUGCGCCUUGAUGCUAUCCCAAUUCAAGCUGCCAAGGCUUCAAGGAUUAUUGCCAGUGAUUACAUAUACAAAGAAGGUUAUCGCAAGCAACUUGGCCAUCACAUUGGAGCUCAUUGUGUAGAAGAUGAUCCUAAAAUUAUGCAUUGUAUGAAUGUUGCCAAGAUGCAAAGUGAGAGAGAAUACAAGAAAGUUUUUGUCAGCGAUAUUGAUUAUCGCAAUUACUUACAUGAGUGGACAUGUCUGCCGGAUCAGAAUGAUGUCAUCCAGGCUAGGAAAGCUUAUGAUCUGCAGAGCGAUGCUCUUUACAAGUCAGAUCUAGAAUGGCUGAAGGGCAUUGGCUGGGUGCCUCUUGGUUCACUGAAUGUUGAGCAUGUCAAGAGAGCUGGAGAUAUCCUAAGUGAAAAGAAGUAUCGGCAACCACGCGAUGAAAUGAAAUUUACCUGUAUCACAGACACUUGGGAUGUAGAAUUAGCGAAGCAUAAUGCUGAGAUGAUGAGCAAGCAAUUAUACACUGAAGCCUGGGAUGCUGAUAAAACCAACAUUCAUGUCAUGCCAGAUACCCCAGAAAUUCUGCUGGCCAAGGCAAAUUCUGCCAAUAUCAGCCAUAAACUGUACAUCCAAGGAUGGGAGCAAGCUAAGAAGAAAGGUUAUGACCUGAGAAUUGAUGCCAUCCCAAUUAGAACGGCAAAGGCUUCAAGAGAUAUUGCUAGUGAUUAUAAAUACAAAGAAGCACAUGAGAAGCAGAAAGGGCAUUAUGUUGGGCUUCAAAGAUUUCAAGAUGAUCCCAAGUUGGUGUGGUUUGCACACGCAGGCAUGAUUCUGAGUGACCUGGAGUACAAGAAGAACUUUGAGAAAUGGAAAGCAAAGAUCCAUAGUCCUGUUGACAUGCUGUCAAUCUUGGGGGCUAAGAAUUGUCAGAAGCUGGUCAGUGAAGUGGACUACCGCACACACCUGCAUGAAUGGACUUGCCUGCCAGACCAGAAUGAUGUCAUUCAGGCGAAGAAAGCAUAUGAACUGCAGAGUGAUAAUGUGUACAAGUCAGACUUGGAAUGGCUGCGUGGUAUUGGCUGGAUGCCAGAAGGUUCUCUGGAAGUCAAACGAGUGAAGAAUGCUCAGGAUCUGAUGAACGAAAGACUGUACCGGCAGCCGCGGGAUUAUCUGAAAUUCACGCCUAUUGUUGACACCCCAGAUAUUGUCCUUGCCAAGGCCAAUGCUCUGAUGCAGAGUGGGGCUUUAUAUCAUGAAGUUUGGGAUAAAGAAAAGACACAGUUCACACUUCCAGUUGACACUCCUGAGAUGCUUCUGUCCAAAGCAAAUGCUGUCAACUACAGCAAAAAACAUUAUCAACUGGGAUGGGAAGAGGUGAAGAGGAAAGGUCAUGACUUACGAUUGGAUGCCAUUGAAAUCCAGCAUGCCAAGGCUUCUAGGGAUAUUGCUAGUGAGUACAAGUACAAAGAAGGUUACCGUAAGCAAGUGGGACACCAUGUUGGAUUCCGGAACAUCCAUGAUGAUCCCAAGUUAGUGCUGGCUAUGCGUGUAGCCAAACUGCAAAGUGAGAGGGAGUACAAGAAAUAUUUUGAGAAGUCUAAGACCAAGUUCAGUAGCCCAGUGGACAUGCUGUCCAUCUUGUUAGCCAAGAAAUGUCAGAAGCUGGUUAGCGACAUUGAUUAUCGCCACCCCCUUCAUGAAUGGAUAUGUCUGCCUGACCAGAAUGAUGUCAUCCAAGCCAAGAAAGCCUACGAUCUACAGAGUGAUAAUCUUUACAAGUCAGAUCUGGAAUGGCUCCGUGGGAUUGGAUGGAUGCCUGAAGGCUCAAUGGAUGUGCUCAGAGUGAAAAGGGCUCAAGAUCUCGUGAAUGAGAGAUUGUACAAACUCCGUCCAGAUGAACUGAAAUUUACCAGUAUAGCUGACCCACCCCCGGUCCUCCAGGCUAAGAUCAAUGCUCAACAGAUCAGUGAGAACCUGUAUCGUGAAGCGUGGGAUAAAGAGAAGGCACAGAUCCAUCUUCCUCUUGAUACCCCUAUAAUGCUGCAGUCCAAGAUUAAUGCUGUGAAUAUUAGCAAUAAACAUUAUACUGGAGCCUGGGAGGAAGACAAAGCAAAAGGUUAUGACUUUAAAGUUGAUGCUCUUUCAUUCAAACAUGCAAAAUCUUCCAGAGAAAUUGCAAGUGAGUAUAAAUACAAAGAAACUUACGAGAGACAGAAAGGUCAUUACAUUGGAUGCCCUUCAGUCAAGGCGGAUCCUAAACUUUCAUGGAAACACUACACCGGAGCCUGGGAUGAGGCCAAAGCCAAAGGUUAUGACUUUAAAGUUGAUGCUCUUUCAUUCAAGCAUGCAAAAUCUUCCAGAGAAAUUGCCAGUGAGUAUAAAUACAAAGAAACU